UGGGCUGCAAGUAAUAAGGGGGUAAAGGGGGGGAGGGGGAAGGGGAAGGGAGGGAUAACAGAUAGACGGAGGCUAAAGUCAAGUACAAGGCCCUUUAGUACUUAGAUCGCCACAUGUUAUGAAGACCGCGUGACUCAGCGGGGAUGCCUCCGCCCGGCGCGGGCCCCGAUAAGGUGUGUCCAGACGAGAGAGGGGUGCUUUAGGCGGAGAGAAAGUGCGCGCCAAUCGUAUGAAGCGACGUGCCGAGCGACGACGCCGCGAGGAGCACACGACCAUCAGCGAUUUGGAAAGGGGCUGGGGGGUGGCGUUGAGAUCGGCCAAUGGGGGCGCCAGCAGUGGCAAGGUCUGGGGAUUGCCCAAUGAUGCUGCAGGUGUGAAUUGGGGGUAAACGCUGGUAGACGAGCUCCAACCAUGGCCUCAGAAAACCCGUCUCCCUCUCAACUUAGAUCUUCUCUGAUCGGUGCUCUAUUACAAUGGGCGAUACUGUACCCAUCUGCGCACGGUACCGUAGGGAAAGGAAUACGAGGUCUGAGAGCCGAUAGAUUGGACGAGGGUCGGCCAGCAUGUGUGCAUAAUUGAAAAAGUAGAUGCGAAGGUGAUCUGUUUGAUGGCCACUGCAUCCCAAGAUACCUGUCUACGGCCCGUUUGCGCAGAAG